AUGACGGCGUCGACGACUGAUACGAAUGGGAUAUCCUGCGAUUGCUCGGACAUCGACAGCGGCGCGCCCUGGCAGCUGAUCCCGGCGAUCGACUUUUUGGCUCCGGAAUUGAUAACGAGCCAUAGGGGAGAACCCGCUUCCGACGUCUAUUCCCUCGCCAUCACCGCCUACUCGAUUUUUAACGAGGGGAAGGGCCCGAUACAGGCUAGGAAUCGAUUUGAAACGCUACGACAAGGACUAGAAAAGCUCAAAAAUGUUCCCCCAGAAUGGGCGCUAAGCAUGCCGGAGACAUUUCGCGAGGAUUUCAAGCUGUGCCUCAACAAAUCGACAGCAAUUCGACCGGAUGCCGCGCAAUUUACAAAGAUCCCCUUCUUCAAAGACCACCGCCUCGACACGGUGCAAACGCUCGAAUCGUUCAUGCAGCACGAGCAAAUGGUCAAGAUUGAGCUGCUGAAAAAGUUGCCGGAUAUGCUGAUCCAUUUUGAGAAGCGACUACUCGUCCAAAAAAUUCGGCCCUGCUUGACGGCCGAGUUCUCGCACCCCGACUUGAUCCCCUUCAUCCUGCCCGCGCUUUUCUACAUCAUCGACCUGACGGACAAGGAGGAGUUUACGACGUUGGUGAUGCCGGAAUUGGCGCCGGUUUUCUCGAUGGAACGCCCGUAUCAGAUCACGAUCCUGCUCCUCGAAAAGCUUGACCUUUUCUUGAGUCGUGCCGACCCAAAAGAUGUCGACAAUCACAUCCUACCCUGCCUCUAUCGUGCGAUCAAAAAUGAGAAUGGCCGAAUCCAAGAAAUCUGCCUCAACGUCGUGCCAAAAAUCGCAAAACUCAUCUCUCGCCACAACAUGAAGACCGACGUGUUGCCGCGUCUCCUCGCGCUCGCUACGACUGGCGACACGCUAGCGGUUCGUGGAGUUUUGAGGGAAGAGGGG